AGGGUGUUGGCUGAGAUCGAAGGAGUUUAGAAACUGUUGACCAUGUGCUUGUAGGAGGUCGAGCAAUCUAGCUUCCUCGUCUCCCAUCAUCGACUGUCAGGAAGGCUUGUGGGAAGGCUUUGCAUUGCAAAACCUUAACUGGUAAUUCCGGCGGCAAGACAUCCAUGACUUCGUGGCGGGACUUUGGAAAUUGGAACAUAACUCAAAUUCACGACCAAUGGCUAGGAAGCGUCAGACAACAGAGACAACACCCGAGCAGAAACCUUUAGUGGAGAUAUCCGAAGACGAACAGUGGCGCUUGAUAGAACAAACCGGUGUUCUCAGGAAGAUAUCUGAUACACGAAAACCUGGGGAGACUACGGACGAUGUCGAACGACUCCCACUUGCUGACGAGAUCUUCAACGCGGUCGUAUUCAUCAUGCCGCUGACCUUCUUUCUCAUCAUGAUGGACAUCCUCAUACAUCAGCAGUAUGCACGGCAGCCAACUGCUAGCGAGAUUGCUGGACGGCUUCUCACGAACUUCCCCAUUUUGUCCAUAUUUGUGUUCUACACCACGCGACACAAGGCUAACCCUCGAACACAACUCGCUCUAUUCAUACUCUCCCUUGGUGUAGGCCCCCGAAUGAUAUGGCUUAUCAAUCGUGGAUCAUGGCUCGUCAAUAUGCGGCAAUGUCCGCAAUUCGCAUCAAUAUGGCUGUAUACAAUUGUACAGUUGAACUUGAAUUGGGCUAUUCUCAGCUUAGUGAUGACAGGAGUUUGGGUGUGGUUCACAGGAAUGAAAAUCGCUUUGUGAUUCUGUGUCAUAUGGACGGACCGGACCACAGA